GCAUUCCCAGUCAAGAAACCUAGGAGACAGGAGAAGGCAAGCUGUCUGGCUGACAAACAGGGGUUUUAUCAGGUUCAGGCUGAACGAUUACCGUCUGGUAAUGAAGGAGCUCCGACUUCUCCUGCAAAUUCGAAUAGAAUCCCUACUGACAUUGCAGAUACAUUUUACAGGCCUUCACAUGCAACUGCUGGAGCUAUAUCCUCAGUAGCUCUUGACGUUCGAGCCAGCGGACCAGAUCGAACUGCUGCAGUUGGCAUUCGAGAUCCUCAAGGCAAUAAUCUUCAAGAAGAUUUUCGAGCGGAUGCUUGUACGCUUGAAGGCGGAGCUGAAGUUAGCAGCAAUGGGACCACUGAGACAGUCCCUGUACAGCAUGAUUAUUCACGGCUUAUCAGGAAGGAGAGCUCAUCGCCAGAGGUUCUCUCAAUGAACAGGGCAUGUGGGACUGCACCGGAAGAGGGACAUAAUGAGACGACAAGGGAGGCGUUUAUUUCUUCCCAAGAUGGUGCAGCUAUUGUUAAGACCGAAGCUGACGUUCCAACAGGCGGUACAUUCACCAAGCCUGCUUCUGAACAAAACUGUCAAGUUGAUGUCAGUGAAAGCAGGGGUGCACAAGAUCAGCGUUAUGUUACUCCAAAAGGCGAGCCAAGCGCAGGGAUUGCUAAUGGAAAUGCUGGCAAGGCUGGCAGCACAGCUUCAGGAAGCCGAUCAUGGAGCAUUAAGAACCACUCCCCGGGGGAUUCGUUUUGGGAAAAAGCAUUUGCAAUGGUGGAAGCCAAAGCAGGAAUCAAUGAUGUUAAGGAAGGUCCAGGAAUGGCUCCUUCUAUUGCUGCUGCUGUUUCUGGUUUAGAUGUUCCGAGAGAAGGAUGUGUUGGAAGGGACGAACCUGUAGCGAAUGACAAGGGCAGUGCAAGCUGCGGAACGAGAACAAGGGGAGUCUUGGGUGGUUUUGGGAGCCCAAGGUUCCGCCAACGAACGGAAGCCAUACCACCAGCAUCAAGGCCUCUGUCUCCGGGAUCCCUGGAUCCUCUUCCAGUUCGGUACCUGGACUUCAGUGCGGAAAAGCCUCCCCGUCCUCUGCCUAAGGGUGCAGCCGCGCCUCGUUCAGAAGGAGAAAAGAGCAUCAAAGUGGCGAAGAAACUGGAGCCUGAUAUUGCCCCACAAGAAGAUAAAGGGAAAGCAUUGAUGGUGCAGCCAGUAGAGAAGGUUCCGCUCAAGGGAUCUGGCUCCCCCGGUUCGUCUGCGGCUACGGCUGACUUGCAACUCUCGGCAUGGCUCCCUUUGCCAGCAUGCAAAGCAUAUGCUCGCAAAGGAGUUACCAAGAUGUAUCCGUGGCAGGUGGAGUGCUUGUCAAAAGAACGUGUGCUUCAUGGGCAGAAUCUGUGCUGGGAAGAGUCUUGUUGCAGAGGUGCUGCUGGUGAGAAGGCUAAUUGCAACUGGAAGGAAGGCAUUGCUGGUGUUGCCAUAUGCCUGGGCUCUUCAUCUGCUGGCAAGAGCUCCCCUCCUGAUGCUGCCAAAGGGACAGAGACCAAGCCUCUUGCAGCUGAUGCUGCUGGUGCUUCAAGACAGGUCAAAGAUGCAGGUGCGGGGAAGGAUGCGGGGCGAGGAAGCCCCUCUACAGGAGCUGGCUGGGGAAGCAGUGGGAAGACGGAGGGGGAAGGAUUGCAGAUCGUGGGGAUGAGUGCAACAAUGCGAAACACUUUUGCCAUUGCAAAGUGGUUGAACGCUGUGCUCUAUGAGACUGACUUCCGGCCAGUUCCCCUGCAAGAGUUUAUCAAAGUUGGGAACACGAUCUAUGACACCUUUUUGAACCCCUGCCGCACCGUGCCGCCGAACCCAGAUGACAAAGAUAACCUAGUUUUUCUGUGUAAUGAGGUUCUGAGUGAAGGUCACUCGGUGUUGAUCUUCUGCUCAGGUCGUUCCCACUGCCAAAAGACAGCACUCCAUGUUGCUAAGCUCCUUCCUCCUUUCAGACCUGUUAACCGCGGAUCUGAACCAGGCGACACGAUUUCCACUCCAGAGGAUGUUCUGGAGGCCCUGAAGCGCAUUCCCUCUGGUCUUGACCCGGUUCUUGCUCAGUCCAUCCCUGCCGGCGUGGCUUAUCACCAUGCUGGCCUGACGACGGAGGAGAGGGAAAUCAUUGAGCACAGCUAUCGUCGUGGCAUUGUGAGAGUGCUCACUGCCACGUCUACACUAGCAGCAGGUGUUAACCUGCCAGCACGCCGUAUGAUACUGAGGGAGCCAAAGAUGGGUAUGGAUCACCUGGACGCCACACACUAUCGCCAAAUGACGGGCCGAGCUGGGAGAGCAGGGAUUGAUGAAAAAGGAGAAAGUGUCCUCAUUUGCCAUCCAAAGGAGGUAUCGUGGGUGAAGGAGAUGAUUCAGCAGGGUUGCCAGCCCCUGGCUUCAUGUCUGUCAGAGGCUUACAAGUGCAUGUCACGUGCACUGCUGGAGGUUGUGGCAGCAGGCAUCGUGCAGACAAGCGUGGACGUUGGCCGAUAUGUCUCCUGCACGCUUCUCAGCACUCUGAAGUCGUUUGAGGAGGUCAGUGCCUCUGCUAAGGCAUCCUUGAACCAGCUCCGAUCCUCAUCUAUGAUCGAAUGGAAUUAUGAAACACAGACCUGGUCACCUACCCCACUGGGCCAGGCAGCCUUUUGCAGCGCUAUGACUCCUGAAGAGUCUCAGCUGGUCUUCAAGGACUUGGACCGUACUCGAUGCUGGGGAUGCCUUCUUGCCACUGACCUGCACCACUGUUACCAGGUGACCCCAAUUGCCACGAUCAUUGACCCUGACUGGAAGGUCUUCUACCAGGAGUUUCUUCGGCUCUCAGAGAUCGACCAAAGGGUUGCCAAAAACGUGGGGGUGACAGAGGCAUUUCUUGCCAGCAAGGCGCAUGGCAGUGCCCGCACCUACAUGGGGCGCUGCAGUCGCAAGGGAAGGAAUGAAGUAGCAGACUCGCCAAAGGGCAGUGUGCCAAUCAAUAGUGUUUCGGAAACCGAGCGCGUCUGCAGGCGGUUCUUCUCAGCCCUUGUGUUGUCCCAGAUUGUACAGGAGGCGCCUAUUGGAGAAGUGUGUGACAGGUUUGGUGUGAACAGAGGGCAGGUUCAGCAGCUGCAGGAUAACGCGGGCCGCUUUGCCUCCAUGGUCACAUCAUUCUGUGAGCGCCUGAAGUAUGCGGACAUGCAAGCUUUGCUCUCCAACUUCCAGCAUCGCGUGUACUUUGGUGUGCGCUCAGAGAUUGUGGAGCUCACAGAAAUUCCCUUUGUUAAGGCUGCACGUGCACGUGCCCUGUACAAGGCUGGUCUGCGGACCACAGAGGCUGUGGCCGAGGCCUCUGCUGCUGAGAUCGCAAAAGCUCUCUCUGAUUUCUCAUGGGGAGGCAAGGCUGCAACAGCACGUGCUCAAGCAAUGAUUGCUGGGAAGAUUCGCAGGGGCGCUCGAAAGGUGCUGUUGGAGAAGGCAGAGGAGGAGCGGAUACAGAUGUUUACGAAGAUGCGAUCACUGGGGAUGAAGAUCCCAGCGGGACUGGAUAAGGCUCUGCACACUUUCGUUUCUCUGGAUGAUUCAUCCGCACCAGCAGGUGCAGCACCUGAAACAGCACAAACAGCAGAUGCACUGCAAAGCAGGGGUGGACAAGAGGCAGUGGGUGGUGGUGGUGGUGGUGGUGGUGGUGGUGGUGGUGGUGGUGGUGGUGGUGGUGGUGGUGAUGGUGGUGGUGGUGGUGGUGCUGUUGCUGGUGGGGCUGCUGUUCCUGUGAACAGUGGUGAUGAUAACGAUCCAGCAGCAGGUAUGGAGGAGUCGCCAGAUGUGACCAUGGAUGACAUUGAAUUCGCUGUGGAUGUGCUCACACAAGAAGAAGCUGCUGAAGACAGGGAUCAAGUUCAGUCUGUUGAGGCGGAUGCUCCGGCUGCUCCAGCUGUUCCGGCUGUUCCUGCUGCUGCUGCUGCUGCUGCUGCUGCUGCUGCUGCUGCUGCUGCUGCUGCUGCUGCUGCUGCUGCUGCUGCUGCUGCUGCUGCUGCUGCUGCUGCUGCUGCUGCUGCUGCUGCUGCUGCUGCUGCUCCUGCUCCUCCUCCUCCUGCUGCUGCUUCUGCUGCUGCUUCUGGUGCUGGUGCUGGUACCAGUGUUGGCGGUUUACCUGGUACGCCUGCUGCUGCUUCUGCUGGCGCUGCUAGUGGAGUUGCAGCCAAGUCGGGGCACGUUUUUUCACCAGGAGCGGACCCAUGGGGGACAAGCCUGACAGCAACGCAGCUCGUUCGCACAGUGGACAAUGCUGUGGCCUGCGCCUUAGCUGGUCAUCGGGAGGUCCCUGGCAUGACCAAUGCCACAGGAAUAAGUGUAGCUGCUGCCAGUACCGAACUGACUGGUGCCACUGCAGCUGCAGUGGUGAGCUGUGUGCCGCCUGCUGGUGUAACACGAGAGGCAGCACCACCACCAUUGCCUGCUUCUGAGGCCGCACAAGUGCAUGCCCGAUUGUUCUCUGGGGAUUCUUCUGCAAGAGCUGAAGAUUUUGGCGCUGGAGCAUUGGUGCCUUGUAACCGUAGCUCUUACGGCCAAACUACAGGCCCAUCCUCAAAUAAUGUUGCAUUAACCCAUCCUCAACCUACUUCCCACCAACAUCAUCAUUAUCAUGUGCAGCAGCAACAACAGCAGCUGCAGCAGCAGCAGCAGCAGCAGCAGCAGCAUCAAUGGAACCAUCAACCUUCCUCGCAUCCUCUCCAGAGUAGUCAUCCUCAAAACACCUCCCACGCUCAGCAUCAUGCUCCGUCCACUGGCGCUUGCAUGCCCAGAGAUGGUCCUGUGGACGUUCACUCGCUUCCCGGUGGCGUAUCCCAGUUCAUACGCCAGUGGGAGGAGCAGAGCGAGUACUGUAUAGACCUGCAUACAGCUGGGGAUUACAAAAAUGGAUACGGACAGAGGCCAGUGGAGCUAGAAGGGGUUUCAGUGUGCUGGAAAGGCUCCCCAGUUUUCUACAUGGCGCUGGUGGUUCUUCCCAGGGUUAAUCAGCAAAGAAGGGACUCCAGAGGGACGAGAGUAGAACCUGAAGAGCUUGUGAGACAAGGAAAGGAGGUAGGGGAUGCUGGAGCUGAGGAGGAGGAGGACAGGGUGGUAUGGUGGCGUUCAGUGGUUGAUCGGUGGAACAAGGUUCGGCAGAUGCUGGCACAGCAGGGCCAGAAGAAGGUCUUCUGGGAUGCGAAGGUAGCCCUGAUGGUGCUCUCAUGCCCAGCCGUGCGUUGCCCGCCGGAGCUCCUACCCCUCCAGUUGACGGCUUUGGGCCAAGGAGUGGGGGGGGGGUGUGGGGUGAAAGAGCUGGCGGAUGAUUCGGGGGUGCAGAAGCAAGGGGGGUUGUACGGCAGCUGGGGAGACGGGCAGCUUCGGCUGGAUCAGAUGCAGCAGCAAGGAGGGAAGAGCUGGUUACAGUCGAAAGCAGCACGAGGAGCAGGGGCUGGGGGCGGGAUAGUGCAGGGAGAAGUGAGGCAAGGAUGGGUACUGCAGCCGCUCCCAGCAGCAUAUGUUGCAGGCCCGAUUCUUGAUAUGCGUCUUCUGGCAUGGGCUCUUGAUCCGGACGGCGAGAGCAAUAAGGAGAAGACCAUUGAAGAGGCAGUGGCCAGCACACUCCCUGCAGAAGCAGCAGCCAGGGCACAGCGAGCAGGCAGGUGGCAGGCGCAGCUGGGGCGGGCAGCACGGGAUGGCUGCUGCAGGCGAGCAGUACAAGUGCGGGAGCUCAGUGAUGUGCUGUGGAAGCGCCUCUUCUCCCAGUGCUUGGAGGAGCCUCUCAUGCAAAACGAGAUGCCACUGGUUCCUGUGGUUGCGUCUAUGGAGCUCCUGGGCGUGGGAGUGGACAUGCGUCAGUGCAUGCUCCUGAGGAGAGUCCUGCGGGCCAAGGUGACCGCUCUGGAGGAUGCAGCACACGAGAUGGCGGGGCGCCCCUUCAUGCUCUCCAACCCCAGCGAGCUCGCCAUUAUACUCUUCAAGACCCUCGCACUUCCAGUCCCCCCAAACUUUGUUGCUAAAGGCCCCAAGUCACAGCCAGGACCAACCGACAAGGCAGCUCUGGAGUUCCUAAAACCGAAGCACCCAAUAGCAGCAGUGAUUCAAGACUACCGCUGCAUAGCCAAGCUCUGUGCCACCAUCAACACCCUGUUGCACCGAGUGAAAGACCAGCAUGGUUUGCCAAGGGAAUUUCUCAACGACUUGGAAAUGCAGGCUUGUGGAGCGGACCAGAGCAGCAGGGCAGAAACCGAGGGAGGAGCUGGUGAUGUGGAGAUGGGAGGGAAGCAAGGCAAGGGGCGGACAUGCUACACAGUGCAUGGUCGGUGGCUGCAGACGUCAACAGCAACAGGACGCCUUUCCAUGGAAGAACCAAACCUGCAGUGCAUGGAGAAGCCGACAAGCUUCAUCCUGGAUGAGGAUCUUCUUCCUGGCUCUCUCAAGUCGGCACUAGCUGACACAAAUGGGAGUGGGCAGGAUGCUGUAAACAAGGGCGCGAAGCAAGCUGAGGAGGAGGAGACUGUGGGGAAGGAGGGGAGUGAGAUGAGCUGGUGUGCGGCGGUCGUGGUGGGGCUGGUGGAGGGUGGCAGCAGCAGUGGGGCCAAGCGGCAAGUGCGUUUGGAGAUCAACCCACGUGCAGUGGUCGUCCCAUCACAGCCGUCUCGGCUCCUGCUCGUGGCAGAUUAUUCUCAGAUUGAGGUCCGCCUUAUGGCUCAUUUCUCCAAGGACCCAGCCCUCAUCUCGCUCCUCUCCAGCCCCUCGGGAGACCUCUUCCGCACCAUGGCUGCCUGCUGGUCCAGCACUCCCGAGCCUCAAGUCACCAGUGCGGAGCGGGACCGAACCAAGCGCCUGUGCUACGGGCUGCUGUAUGGCAUGGGGAACAGUGCUCUGGGUCAGCAGCUUGGGUGCAGCGUGGAAGAGGCUAGCAAAUACAGGAAGCGGUUCUUGCAGUCGUUCACAGAGGUGGAUAGGUGGCUUGACAGGGCUGUGAAGGAAUGCAGGAGCAAAGGGUAUAUUCAGACUCUAUGUGGGCGACGGCGUUUCCUGGAGAAUAUCAACAACAGGAGCAGUGCAGAUAAGGCCAAGGCACAACGCCAGGCUGUCAACUCCAUCUGCCAGGGAUCAGCAGCAGACCUCAUUAAACUGGCCAUGGUCCGUCUUCAGGCAGCUAUAGCCCCACCUGCUCACACCCAGCCGCCAGCAUCAGCACCACCAUCAGUGACAGCAUCACCAGCAGCUGAUCCUGCAGCUCCACAAGCAACAUCCACUGCAGCAGUGACAACAGCACAUGUUUCAUCAGUAACACCCUCAGUCCCUCUGGGUCACCAAACAUCCACCAGCGGGCCAACAUUGGCGGUGCUUCCACAUUUAUCUUCCUCGAUUCUCACUCCUCAGCAGCAGUUCUCGCAUGUUCAGUGCCCCUCUGUUCUCCCUCCUGCUGUUACCGGGGCAUCCUCCCUUGCAGGCCACUGCAGAUUGGUUUUGCAGAUCCAUGAUGAGUUGGUGCUUGAGGUGGAACGACCCUACCUGCAGCCUGCAAGGAAGCUGCUACAGACAUGCAUGGAGAAUGCCAUGGCUCUUGCAGUGCCGCUGUCAGUGAAGCUGCACGUGGGAACAUCAUGGGGCACACUUGUGCCCAUAGCUGACUGGAAGGACAUGACAUGA